UGUGGCAGGGGGAGGGUUUGUGGAUGGGUUUUUUUUCUUUUACUACUGCUCCUUUAUAUUGGUUCUGUUCUUUGAGUGACUGCAACGUGAAGAGAUUGGUUUCUUGAUACUCGGCAGUCACCUGAUUGCUCAAGAGGCUUAGUGGUGUGUGUUUAUUCCUGGCUGUGACCUGGCGGCGUACCGUGCACCGACACCGCUCUGGUUCAGUUGCUGGACUGGCCAAAAUGCUGCAGGCGACGGUAUCGUGGUGGAUCUGAAGGGACGUGAUUGUAUAAUCAAUUCCUCUUGGUUUCGUUGGUGUUGCUGCGCAUCAGCGUGCUGUUGUAACUGCUCACAAAUUCUUUGACUUUUGCUGCUUGUUCCUCAUUAGGGAAACGAGGGUUGGGGGCACCUGAAGAGAUCAGGCGCUGAGUGAGUAGAAAACAGAAUAAAUUGCAGGUUGUGUAAUUUGCAUCUUUUGGCUAAAUUAGUCAAAGCUAAGGUGUAGGAUAGGGGAUGAGUCUAAGCUUGUAGAGAAUCACUUGUGAAGAGCUGGGCAGUCGGAACUUUUUUUUUUUGCCACAGGCAUUAGCUUUUUGCUGGGAAAACGUUUGUGCUCUCUGCCACCUCGUCAGACAGGAGCGAGGUGCUGCCUCUUCACUCGGGUGAAACCGGGAGCAGUUGCAUGGCAGUUAAUCAUUUCUUUGUGCCCGAUCAGAAUCAGCUGUGUGGCUGCCCGUGUCUCUGGUGUGAUAAGCAUUUAACUUGAGUUACCCAAGGUUUAGUUUUGCCUUAUCUGUGUCGAUAAACGUGCUGGGUCUGUGUUUUUUCUUGGCUUCUCUUCUGCUUCAGCUCCUUCAGGUGGUGGCUCCUGCAGGGAGCUCCCAGGGAGUUACCCAUUCCUUUAUGUUUUAGCUCUGAGGAAUCCCCGCUUCUGCUCAAUGCUAAAUACUCCCAAAUUAAAUGAUCUUGCGGACAUCAGGCUAAAGCUUUUGUGUCUCUUCAGGGCUGUGGAGGGUGGACUUGUGAUUAGUAACUCGUUCAGCUUGUGUUUAACUAGAGGUAGGUGGGUCUUGGCCUUGGGAACUAGAGCCUUGCUUUGUGGCCCUCAGGCUUCCAUGGCUGUAGCACCGUGCUUUGAAGAGCUGAGGGCAGCUUUUUAAGGCCAGAGGCAGCAAAAGAUCACUGGACUCUAUGGCUCUUUUCCUCCUCUGAUGCAAUCAACACGUGGUCGAUGCAGCAAUUUAAGGCUGGCUUAAAAAAAAAAAAAAAAGCAAGGUCUGCUAGGUUGGCCACGUAAGUCUUCUGUGGCAGGAUGUCAGGGAACUGGGUGCUGGGAGCACCCCAAAACAGGGUUUGUGCAUGCAGGCUGUGUGCAUGCAGAUUGACCAGUCUGUGGGCUCUUCUAGAUACAGCUUUCUGGAAGGAAGUUUGGAUUUUCUGUAGUGGGGCAGCUCUAAAAUGCUCUCAGCAAGAUGGGAUCUGGCAGGCUGGUUCAGUGAUGCUGGGAGGAAAAGGUUGCGGUCGGGCUUCUGAGAGGCUUUGCAAAUGACUUGGCUCCCUGCUUGUCAUGUGAUGUUCUUGGUGGUUCCAGUGUUGCAAGAGACGAUAGGAUGCCUUGGAAGCGUGUUUUUCAACUCCUGUAAGGCACUUGCUCUAAACGGGGAGCGCUGGGACUUUGUAGGCCUUUCUAUAAAUCGAAAUUGUUCCUGUAUGUGAAGAGCAGCGUGAUGAGCAAGAGCUGCCCUAAAGCUCCAGUACCGUGAGAGUCCUAACCUUGACCGGGGCUGGACCAUGGGUCUGACUUGGCAGGCCACCCGCUUUGCGGCUUGAAGAUACUGGCUGCUCUUCAUAGUAUUUCUCCCUGGAAAAAAAAAAAUCCUGAACUUCUGUGGAGUGAGUGAUUCAGUGUUAUGAAUGUCAAUCCAUAUCACUUCUUGUCACCUCCUUUCUGAACUCACGUGAGCUCUCGUCCUCCACCACAACACGUGGGAGGGAGCUUCAGCGGAUGCCUUGUGUGUAGAACUACUUCCCUGUGCUGGAACCUGGUCUUGAAUGUUUCAUUUUUCUCUUACAGAUAGCGAGCAAUCACGGCUUUCUUCUCUGCUGUGUGUUCUUUUUCCUUGGGCAUCUUUGUGUUGAGGAGUUCCCUUAGAAAGCGUGUAGCGUGAAGUCAUGGCUAUCCUGUUUGCUGUCGUGGCAAGGGGCACAACCAUCCUUGCCAAACAUGCCUGGUGCGGAGGAAACUUCCUGGAGGUGACAGAGCAGAUCCUGGCGAAAAUACCAUCUGAAAACAACAAACUGACCUAUUCACAUGGGAAUUAUCUGUUCCAUUACAUCUGCCAAGACAGGAUUAUAUACCUCUGCAUCACAGAUGAUGACUUUGAACGAUCCAGAGCCUUCAACUUCCUGAAUGAAAUCAAGAAGAGGUUUCAGACCACGUAUGGCUCGAGAGCACAGACGGCCCUCCCCUAUGCAAUGAACAGCGAGUUCUCAAGUGUCUUAGCUGCACAGCUGAAAUACCACUCGGAGAGCAAGGGCACUGACCAGGUGGCAGAGACGCAAGCUCAAAUUGAUGAACUGAAAGGAAUCAUGGUUCGAAACAUAGACCUUGUGGCACAAAGAGGAGAGAAGCUGGAGCUGCUGAUCGAUAAAACAGAGAAUCUUGUGGAUUCGUCAGUCACUUUCAAAACUACCAGCAGGAACCUCGCUAGAGCCAUGUGUAUGAAGAACCUCAAGCUUACCAUCGUCAUCAUCAUUGUAUCAAUUGUUAUCAUCUAUAUCAUCCUGUCGGCUGCCUGCGGCGGGCUCGCCUGGCCAAGCUGUGUGCAGAAGUAACUGGAGGCAGCUGGUGCGGGUCACUUGGAGAUGAGAAUCACAGGAGUGUGAAGAAGCAACCUACAGGAUAACUCUUAAUCUUUCACUACUGACACCUUCUCAUUCCUCCAUCCCUCCAGGACUUCAGACUUUUUUGCCUUAUCACCCCGAACAGGCCCAGCCGGUCACUGCUGCUCUGCUGCCGUCACCUCGAGAAUGGGCUGGUUUAAAUUACUUGAAGGGAUUUGUUUUGUUUUGUUCUGUUGUUUCUUUUCCUGUCCCAACUACACCCCUCUCGGCUGGGUGGGCAGUCCCUCCAGCUCUGCGGGGUUGUGUGCAUGGCUCGCCCCUGUGUCCGUGUAGCUUCGCGCUGCCGUGUGAGCGUCCGGGGGGGGCACAGCGCCGGGAGCAGCGUCCUCCCCGUGGAGGGGACCCCCUUGAGGGCCGCUCGGGGCGGGGGGGACAGGAUGGGCGUACAGGGGGGGGGACUUCCCACUUUUUCUACAAACGCUGGCGAGCCGGGUGCCUCUCCCUGCGCCUCCGGCCCCGGGUGGUUCUGUAGCGUUUCGGCACGUCGAGGUUGCAAGCGUCACAGAAGGAACGGCUUUUGGGCGAGGGCUUCGUGCCCCGAGAGGCGUAGGUGCUGCUUCUGGGUGAAAUCUCCCUUUUCCUGGAGGUCUUUCUGCAGGUGGGAGGAGACGGUGCUGGGUCACCUCAGCAUUUUGAAAUGGCUGCCUCUUCAUCCUCACUUCUUCCUCAUCUCCCCCCCCCUCCCCCCUUAAUUUGUGGCUAAAUCAAUACAGUAAAGGAGAUGGUCGCAUAUAGCUAAGGUUGCAGUAACGUAUCUGCUUUCUCACGUUAUUUCUCCUGUUCUUCGUUUGAGGGUGGACUAAACGGAAUACUAACGUUAUCACUUGCUAAGGUGAACCCGGGGGCCAGUCUGCCUUGAGGAGGUGCCAGGUUCCUGCUGCCUGCGCUUCUGCGCUCAAGGUGGGGGCUGCAAACCCAGGGCAGGGGAGGGACAGCGGGUCGGCGGGGCGCUUGCUUUUGCCAUGGGCCGACGGCAAGAGGCCCUUUCGGAGGAUGUAGUAUCAUGAACUCUGAAAAUAAAAGCCAAACCAAACCUGAGGCUAAUAACCAAAUGUAGGGGCAGGUACGCGGCGGAGGUGCUCCUGUCGGAGGGCAGGGACGGAGCUGCCGGCCGCUGGGAGCUGCCAAAGCUGUUUCUGCCCCCCCGGGCACCUGAAGGGUCGGACUGGUUCUGGCCGAGGGGGGGCAGGGGCUUCUGUUGCGUUCCAAGAGACGAAAUGGAAAUGAGGGAAAUCUCAUAAAAGCACCAGGCGGUCUCCAAAGGACGCUGCACCUUUUUGGCUGAAGGAAGCGGCUUCUCGCAGCGGGUGGGAGCCGCCAGGGCGUGGGAAGGGGAGGCUUAACUGGGCGGCUGACCCGGGGCGGGGGCUGCUGCUCCCUCCCCUGCUUCUCCGGGCGAGCGUUACGCUGACCCUGGAGCUCCCCAGCCGGCGCCAGGUAAGGAGCUCUCCUCUGAACUCGCGCGCUCGUCCGGGUUUGUCUUCUACGAGGCUGAAAUUCAACUAAGGGUAACGGGAUCUUGAUAGCCAGGAAGCGCCAGGGGUUCUGGCGGUCGCGGGCGGCUGUUUCUGUUUGCAUUCAUCAAAUGUAGAGCGUAGAGAAAGAUUGCCUUCCUCUCCCCUCCUCCUCUUACAGCCACCGUUCAGUGUACAGCUGUGCAUGUUCUAGGGAGUGUUGAUGUCACUGUGUUCAUUUCUACGAUUUUGUUGUCUUAAUGUACAAAUACUUUUUAAAGAAAAUACUUCCUUUCCUUUUAAAGGACGCACUGAGGCAUUAGUGUAAAAACAACUUGAUUUAAAUAAAAUUACUGUACAGAAAGCAAGAGUUGUUAAGUUCUGUGAAAGGUCUGGCGCCCGGUGC